GCUCGCGUGUUGCUCCUGCCUCGGAGGCCGUGAGAUAAAGAUGGGUCUAGCCGGGAAGAACAGACGGAGUAAAAAGAAAGGUGCCGAGCAGGGAGAGACCGCAGAAGACGGUGUUGGCGGGAAUCCGACCGGAGAUUAUCUGGUUGGACAAGUCGCCAAUAGUUUAUCCCACGACAAACUCUCCUCCCGAGGCCACCCGGGUCGCCUGGCGUCCCUCUUCAGCUCGUUUGAGCCUCAGAUUCAACCCGUGUACGUGUCUGUGCCUAAAGAAACAGCUAGAAAAAGGAAGCGAGAUGAGGAGGAAGGAAGUACAUCCCAAAUUCAAAGACCACUUUUGCAAGAACCUGCCCCAAAAAUCAAAGUGAAGAAGAAACACUCUGAUACAGACAAAAAGUUGGCAAACAGGGAAAGUGCUCUAGCAAGUGCUGAUUUAGAAGAAGAAAUUCGCCAGAAACGAGGGCAGAAAGGGAAAAAUUCUCAGUCCAGUGUUAAGGCUGCAGAUAGGAAAGUCCUUGAUGAUGUAGACGACACAGUUGUAAGUCCAAGAAAGAAAAUUCAGAUCAACCAAGAAGAAGAGAGAUUAAAGAAUGAAAGAACUGUGUUUGUUGGCAAUUUGCCCAUCACAUGUAAUAAAAAGUCAAAUCUUGAACUUUCUUUAAUAUUCUUUUUCUUCUUAAAGAUUCCAGCAGAGGGAACUUUAUCCAAAAAGUUGGCAGCAAUAAAGCGCAAAAUUCAUCCUGAUCAGAAAAAUAUCAAUGCCUAUGUUGUGUUUAAGGACAAAAGUGCUGCUGUAAAAGCAUUGAAAAGAAAUGGGACUCAAAUUGCAGAUGGAUUUCGUAUUCGAGUUGAUCUUGCAUCUGAGACUUCGUCUAGGGACAAGAGAUCGGUAUUUGUGGGGAAUCUCCCUUACAAAGUUGAAGAAUCUGUUGUUGAGAAACACUUUUUGGACUGUGGGAAUAUCGUGGCAGUGAGGAUUGUGAGAGACCAAGCUACAGGACUUGGCAAAGGGUUUGGCUACGUUCUCUUUGAGAAUACAGAUGCUGUUCAUCUUGCUCUGAAAUUAAACAAUUCUGAACUAAUGGGAAGAAAACUCAGAGUCAUGCGUUGUGUUAAUAAAGAAAAAUUAAAACAACAGACUUCAAAUCCAGGUUUGAAGAAUGUCCGUAAACCUAAGCAAGGACUUAAUUUUGCUUCCAAAAAUGCAGAAGGACCUUCUAAGAGUUUAUUUAUUGGAGAAAAAGCUGUUAUCAUGAAAAAGAAGAAGAAAAGACAGAAGAAAAGUGAACAAACUAAGAAACAG